CCCAUCCCUUUGGAAAGAAAAAGAAAACUCACACAGACAACGACGGCGAGAAAAAGAGCGAGGGAAAAGGCGAGAGGGAAGCGAAAGCCAAAAAGCCAGAUGAAAGAGCUGGACACUUGUGAGGGAGCCGACCAAAGACGAGAAUAUUCUCUUUAAAUUAUGCCGCUGCACAAAUCAUCCCGGGCCCCUCGCCUGGACCCCACCAUGAUCUCAGCCCCACUGGGUGACUUUCGCCACACUAUGCACAUUGGGAGGGGAGGCGACGCCUUUGGCGACACCUCCUUCCUGUCCACACUUGGCCCGGGCCAGGCCAGCAAUGACCCAGGAAGCACAGGAACUGUGGCUCAGCCUGAGCUGGUGGUCAACCACAGUGAUCUUCACACAGAAGCUUCUGCAAGCACACAGAACAAUGAGCUUCAGCACUCUGAGUCAGUGUCUUCAUUCGACCUGGAUCUGGAUCUAGGUCCAUCCAUGUUGGGAGAUGUUCUUGGGGUGAUGGAUGGUCUGGGGCUCGACUCCAAUGAGGAGGAUGUGUUCAGUCCCAAAAAAGGCCCCUCCUCUGCGGACUCAAAGCAGGGAAACAGUGAGAUGUCUGUGAACAUGCAGAACGAGCUUAACGGGAAUGACUUGGUCAGUUUGGAUGGAAACCAGGUGGGAGACAGCAGGAUACCAGAUGGGAACGGGAUCAAGUCAAAGGGGUUACGACCAAAAGUACGAUUCAGUGACAAACGAGAGGAGAUCAUUCGCCACGCAUCUGAAGAGGAAGAAGGUCAAGGGUUUGACUUCCAGGAUGAGAAUCAGCUGGAGUGUCUCAGUCCAACAAGGGUCGAGGGUGAGAUUGUAGUAGAUGGAGGUGAAACGGAGUUCACCAAUCACAGAGCAGAUCUGCCACCCAGUCCCGCCUCAUCACACAGCUCAGAGUAUGAAGGAGUGACUCCAUUGGACAGGAGGAGAGUCGACAGCUGCCAGUCAGAGACUGAUUCAGAGGAGGAGGAAGAGGAAGGACGAGGCUACACAUUUGAAGAUGAGUUUGAUGAUGAAAUCGGUCUAUAGGGGGCGGGUACGGUUUUGCCUUAAAAACAAAUCUUUGCUGUCAGCCAAAUCAAGUUUACUGUAUUUUCUUCAAACUCAUUAUAUCAAUACCAUUUGAAUGGGAGGCUUCAAAAUAAACUGGAUUGAUCAAGAUAUAAAGGAGAAUCUACAGUUUGACGACGUUGCUCAACUGGAAAGACAUUUUUGUUUUAUCUGCAUGGGUAACAGAUUUGCAAAAAGCAGAUCGAUGUGAUUUAAGUGAAAAUGAAAGGUUAAAAGCACUUUUUGACUUAUUUUGCUACUCUGGAUGCCUUGCUUUGAUUCUGAUGUUCAGUGAGAGUUUGAUUCAGGCUAAGUUAAUAUCACUUGCAUUGUAAAGUUUCAUAUCUUUCAUUUACCUUCUUCAGGGCACACCUAAGGCCCUGUGAGCUUUCAUUUAGUGCCUUUUAUUAAUAUACCCUGUGCCUUAUCCAUGUCUUAUUAGAUGUAUCUCAUAUUGCAUGUUUAUUACAGUCUUCAUGUCUUCUCUUCAUGUUUAAGCUUUACAAAUGAAUCCCAAACACUUUGAGAGGAAAUAAAUCUUGUGUAUUAUUAAAUACUGUGAAUCUAUCACAUUCCAAAUCUGAUGCUGUGACUUCCUUGUUCACACCAAAUGAGAUGUUUUCUUACUGCAGUUAUUUAGCAUGUUUUUAAUGAUACCAAAGCUCUGCUUUUUUGCCGUUGGGUUUAUACUCAGACAAUCAUGGGAAUUUAAAAGGUCAUUUGUAAACCAGGAGCAGUUGUGUGUUUGUACAUGUCUCUUUCUUGAUAAUUAAAAACAAAAGUAUUUUAUUACAUUGUGCUGUAACAGGGAGAGACAAUUGUGCUCAUCUGUGGAAAAUGCUGGUUUUGACUUAUUCUUCAUCCCGUGGUCUCAAAAGGAUUGCAGUAAGAACAAUAAAACUGUCAUUGGGAUUUUUAAAUAUCCAC